AUGGUAUUCAUACCGACAUACUUUGGCGUAAGGAAGAUAUUACGACUGAAAAUAAAUCUUCCAGCAAGAACAUUGGGAAAGCUCGAAAAAGACGAUAAGGUUGACUUUAGAAGUCAAGACGAGAGACAAAUGAAAAAAUAUAAUGACGGCUUGUCUUGGUACCAGUGUUGCUACAAGUUUGUAACGCAAUCUGAUAUACCUGGCCACGAACAUGAUCAACUGUCGUAUACGAAAUGCAAGGAAUUUAAAAACGGUACAAUAAUAAUGAUAGAUCAAGAAGUUAUUACAGUUACAUGUUAUGACAAGAAACAUUUUGUCAUGUAUACGGAUGCAUAUAUUGUAGUUAAAAUAAAUUAUUCGAGUCCAAAAACCGAUAUUACUAAAAGUUGGAAUGUCCUUAUGAUAGGCAUAGAUUCCAUGUCUCGAACCAGAUUCUUUGAUACCAUGCCUCGCACCAGCGCAUUCAUCAAAAAGGAAAAAUGGUUGGAUUACAAAGGUUAUCAUAUGGUUCAUCCUGAAACUUCCAAAACUUUACUAUCGAUACUGACUGGACGCAACAUGUCUCUCUCAAGUUGCGCAACUAGCUUAUCUGACUGUGUAGACAACUUUAUCUGGCAGAAAUAUAAAGAUGCUGGAUACAAAACAGCUUUUGGGGAAACCAAUUUAGGAAUAUCUAACACUCUAUCUAGUGGGUUCAGAUACAGUCCAACUGACCAUUUUAUGCGACCACUAUUCCUCACAGGCGAGAGACACAAAAAUCAAAUACUGUGUACACAAAAGAAGCCUUCUACAACACAUUUACUUGAUUAUGCGAAACAGUUAUUUCGUUAUUAUAAAAAUACCAAGACAUUUGGAAUGUUCUGGAUAAACUCUGACACUUUUACGCUAAAUACAAUUCCAUCACUAUUGGAUGGACAGUUAGAAUACCUGUUUACAGCCCUGAAAUAUUCUAAAAUACUCAGUAAUACGUUUGUGAUCUUUUUUAGUGACCACGGUAACAUGUUUGGUAAAAUGCAACUGCCAGUGGGAUCUUAUUAUAACAAUAGAUUACCAAUGUUAUUUAUUUGGGUACCAUUGCAGUUUAGACGUGAAAACUUAAAUAUACAUUUUAAUUUGAGAGAAAAUCAAGAACGCUUAGUAAGCCCUUAUGACCUGUACGUCACACUUGCUGAUAUACUUGAAUUAUCGACAAGUGCAGGCGCUAAAACAUUGUCAGAGGCAUGUCCACUGUGUACAAGUUUGUUUGAAAAAAAGUCGCCUAAUACAAGGUGCACCGACUCAGGUAUACCAGAAUAUUGGUGCAGUUGCCAUAACAUGACAAAAGUGGAUGAUGUUCAAAUGCUUGAAAAUAGUGUGACGUAUGCUGUGGCCCGAAUAAACGACAUAGGGAGGUCUGUUAAAACAAUUCCUUGUACGUCGUGCGCAAAGUUGAGAUUCCCCAGUGUGGUCAGAUCACACGUUUACUACAUCGGUGCAAAAACAUAUAAUAUCGUAGUGAUCAAGAUGUCACCGAAUAGUCUCAUAUUCGAAGCUGUAGUAGUAUAUCAAGAUAAAGGAUACGAGCUUUUAUCUCUGCGGUCCUUAGUUCAGUAUAAUCGUAAGGGAAAUUGUGCAGUGAACGCCUCAGAUCGUCCGUUUUGUGUAUGCCUUCACGAUUAUGGAUUCAAUACGAAACCAAAACCUUUUAUAAUCCAAUACGAAAAAGAAUAG